AUGACGAGACACCCUCACAUUUUGCAAGUGCAAGUACUUCAACAGAACAUCCGGAGAAUGACGAAUCAAACCGCCGGAUGGGGACAUUUGAAAUGCAUCGUUUAUGAAAUCCAUGUCAAUACUAUCAAAGAGUUAACCGAUAGGAGUGAGGCCGCAGCGGCAGAAAGAAACAUGAUUGGAAGAUUUAAUGCUUGCAUUGGAGUCCGCGAACGUACUAUUGCUUUAUCAAAUGUCGUCGAUGAAACUGAACGUCUUCUACAGAAGUCACCAGUAAGAAACAUAAUGACCACGAAUUCAUGGACAAUGUAUCUUGUAUCAUUCAACGAAUCCGCAUUUAUCAUUCAAAAGGACAAUCAAACUGUCCUUGAAUACAAAAGUCAAAAACCAUUAGUGAUAUACUGGUUUACCGUUGCCGCAGAAUCCGGGUGGGUGACAUGGAGUGCGAAUUGCGAACCGUUGGACUUAGACGGUUCCCCAAGAGACGGAGGCUGGUCUGCUUGGUCACCCUGGACUUGUACGGUUACAUGCGGUGGCGGAGAGGGUUAUCGUACGAGAAAAUGUUCAAAUCCUCAUCCAAAUAUUUUUGGGAAACUUUGCCAAGGUUCACCUACAUCCACCGGGAAAUGUAACGAUUUUCCGUGUGGGGACCUAAGUCCCCAAACUUUGGAAAAAAUUCAAGAUUACUUGCAGAAAGAUAAUUACAGCUAUGUAAUCGAUGAAGGCAGUUCGUUGCUGUUGAAAAACAAUCGACAGUUGUUAAAAAUUGUUUCAAAGGAGUCCCCUAAUGCUUAUUACGAGUGGACGUUAAAUGGAAUUUUUAUAAAACAAGACCCGAACCAUGUAAUAUUCAAGGGCGAUAACAUCUUAAUAGAAAAUGCUAAUAUAAAAGAUGCCGGAAUUUAUGUGUGCAUGCUGUUUAGAAUAAACAAGAAAAGGGUAGUUUUGCACGUCAUAUCCGUAGCUGUUAUCUCGAAGAAUUACGAUUAUGAUACCAGAGCAACGCGAUCACUAAUUUUAAACUGCAAUUCCGUUAUUUUGGGGUAUAUUUAUACUGACCUCAGCUUGAAACUGUUUUUGAAUAAUGAAGUUUAUAUUGAUCAUGGAACCACCACUUUAGCUGCAGUCAAUAUACACCAGUUCGACUCCCUAAAUAUGUCCCACACGGGGCACUGGAGAUGUGUAGUGGAGCAAAAGGAUUUAAAAUUGUCUUGGGUUACUAAUUACCUCAAAGUGAAUGUUAAAAAAGCUCCGAAUGUGUAUACAAAUUUGAUGGAAGACAAGUUAACGGCCCCCUUAUUUGGAUGGUUGAAAACGGACAGAAAUGUUUUGGUCGCACUUAUCUUUAUAGUAGUUUCUGUUGUGUUGUUAGUUAUUUCGUUCCUUGUAAUUUAUUUCAAAUUUUGGCAGAGAAAAGAAGGUUUUGGCGGUAAAACGGUGGUUUUUAGGAGUAUGUGGAAGGUCACUAAAGGAAAGAAAAUUGAGGUGGCCAUGAAGAUGUUGAAGCAAGAAAAUCCUGAUAAUUAUUUAAAGGAGUUUCUAACACUUGCUGGACAAUGGGCCUUUCUGCAGUCUAGUGCAAUAGUUAGACUUUACGGAAUAGCUUUUACCAGCAGUAUUUCCAUGGUUUUGGAAUAUUUCCGACUGGGUCCCUUAGAUCAAUAUUUACAGGCAAAUCGUGGAAUCAUGAAAACUGUCGACUUAAUAGAAGCUGCUAGUAACUUGGCAGCAGCUUUAUGGCACUUGAGAAAAGAAGGUUUUGGCGGUAAAACGGUGGUUUUUAGGAGUAUGUGGAAGGUCACUAAAGGAAAGAAAAUUGAGGUGGCCAUGAAGAUGUUGAAGCAAGAAAAUCCCGAUAAUUAUUUAAAGGAGUUUCUAACACUUGCUGGACAAUGGGCCUUUCUGCAGUCUAGUGCAAUAGUUAGACUUUACGGAAUAGCUUUUACCAGCAGUAUUUCCAUGGUUUUGGAAUAUUUCCGACUGGGUCCCUUAGAUCAAUAUUUACAGGCAAAUCGUGGAAUCAUGAAAACUGUCGACUUAAUAGAAGCUGCUAGUAACUUGGCAGCAGCUUUAUGGCACUUG